UUGUGGAAGUUUCAAAACUUCAAACCAGACGAAUACAAUUUUGUAGUCUGCUUAAUUUUUUAAAAUAUUAAAAAUGUUUUCUUUUGUUGGAUUCGUUUCCACAACCAACACUCUUCGUGUCCAGAGGAAACAGUUGCGCGAUAGAACAAAUCCGUUAGAAUUGCAUGAUGCUGAGUAAGUAUUAAAUAAAAUUAAAAUUAUAUAUACUACAUAUUGUUAUCAUUAGGUUUCAAAGAAAUAUUAGAUUAAAUAAAGAGGUUUUCAAAAAUGUGUUGUUCCUGGUAACACCUCAUAUGGCAAAAACCUACAAACAAACAGCAGUCCACCCAACACUUAAAGUGGCUAUAUUUUUAAAAUUUUUAGCCACAGGAAGUUACCAAAGACCGGUUGGAAAUGACUUUCUUGGGUGUGUUUCUCAGGCAAGCAUGUGUCGCAUUUUAGACGAAUGUCUAACAGUUUUUGAAUGCCACUACUGCCCAAAGCAAAUCAAACUUAAUAUAUCCCAAGAAGAGGAACAGAGCGCAAAAUGCAGAAUUAAUGAAAAAUUUAAUUUUCCCGGGGUUUUAGGCUUCGUUGAUGGCACACACGUGCGGAUAAAGUGCCCCGAAGUAAAUCCGGAAUUUUACUACAAUCGAAAGGGAUACCACAGCAUAAACGCCAUGAUAAUUUGUGAUGAUAAACUAGUAAUUCGUUUUGUAGAUGCUCGACAUCCCGGCAGUAAUCACGACUCUUUCAUUUGGAAAGGUAGCCAAGCUGACGAUUAUUUCAAUUUAUUGUAUAGUGGAGGUGAAAGAAAUGUUUGGGUGUUAGGAGAUUCCGGUUAUCCAUUAUUACCAUACUUAAUGACACCGCUGAGGAAUUGUAACACGGAACAGGAAGAAAAAUACAAUAAAAGCCACAUAAAAGCUAGGAAUUGUGUAGAACGCUGUAUCGGCGUCCUCAAGAACAGGUUCAGAUGCAUUCUGGGGGAAAGAGGCCUUCAUUAUGAACCACACAAGGUUACCAAAAUAAUUAAUGUUUGCUGUGCAUUGCACAAUGCAUGCAUAAAGUUUGAAAAUAUAAUAGAUCCUCCAGAAGAACCUAUUAUAGAUGAUGUUGCAGAUGAUGUUGUUCAGGAGAGCAGUCUCGUUGCAAACGAUAUCCGAAGACGUAUUAUAAAUAAUUUUUAA